AUGGCGGCGGAGGUCCAAGACUCCACCACCGGCGACGGAAAUGCACGAAGUGACGGGAAGCGAAGGCGGAGUGUCAUUACAACAUUCCGGACAGAGCAGGCUGCGUUUCGCCAACGUCGAAUAGACCCCCCUCCUCCAGCUGAAAUACCCCAACUACAGUCGAGCGAAGCAUCAACAGAACAGAACCAUAACGGCAGCAGCAAGGCGGACACGGCAACCAUGAAUGCGCUUCGGAAAAAGUCAACUCAGGGAAAACAAAUCAACAAGAUCAAAGUCAUCCCUGUCGACGUCGAUAAGGUUGUUGCCUCCCACGAGGCCCCCAAGAAACCCAAAAGCCCCAAGACAGCAAAUCACCAGCAGUCGAAGCGGUCGAGCUUGAUCGAGAAAGCCCGGAGCAUUCGACGGCUGGAGGAAAAGGUGUCGUUCAUUACGCGUCGUCGCCUCUUUUUCAAGCGCAUGCGGCAGCUCAUCCUGUAUGUGUUCGCGUUUGCCGUGAUCGUGGGCAUUGGGCUGUACACGGUUCUCGCCCCCGACUCGUCCAUCACAGUAUGUUGCUCGGGCCAAGUGACGACAAUAGCUCAGGGCGUCCGUGCGAUGGCGAUGGCGUUCGAUGGCAACGGAACGCUGUACAUUGCCGAUGCAUUUGCCAACAAGAUCUUUACAUGGAACGGCACACUAAACGAAUUCGCUGGCUCCACCGUGUACGCGGGGGACGUGGACGGAACGUUAUCGAACGCCCGGUUUUCAUUCCCCACGGGUAUUGCGGUGGACGUGGCCAACAGCAUUAUUUACGUCGCGUCUCGCGACUACCAGAGCGUACGGUCGAUCCAAAACGGCACCGUGUCGACCAAACUGGCGCAGCGCGACCAUCGGCCGGCACAGCCCACGGCGCUGCCCAUCAACGUGUUUGACGAAGAAGUCGACUAUUACAUGCCGAUUUCCGUCGCAGUGGACGACGCGGGCAAUGUCUUUAUCGGGUCCGGCGCCAUGGUUGAGAGAAUCGAUGCCGUUGACGGGUCCGUGGCCGUGUUGGCCGGGAACGGGUGGCGCGGGUACGCCGACGGAAGCGGCGCCACCGCCCGCUUCCGGUACGUGCGGUCGCUCGUAGUGGACCCGUCGGGACUGUUUGUAUACGUGGCCGACAUGUACAACAAGGCGAUUCGCCGCAUCGACGUUGCCAACGACCAAGUGACGACGCUGACGGCCAAGGGAUUUGCGGCCACGAGCACCACGCGCCGCGCCGACUGCUUCCAGUUCGACCGGCCAUACGGUGUCGCAUUGGGGGGCAACGGCACCGAGCUGGUCGUGGCCGAUUCGUGGAACAACACGGUCGUGGUGUUCGACAUCAACGGCACGUACUUGCGCGCGUACGGCACGAGCGAGUUUGGGUCCCAAGACGACUUUGUGCCCGAGGACCCGACGCUGCACCCGCUGUCGGCUACGUUUGGCAACCCCGCGACGGUGGCGGUGGAUGCGAACGGCACGAUUUACGUCGGCGAUGCCGGCAAUCGACUGAUACGAAAGAUCCAGCCAUGA